GCAGCCCGCCCUGGCGCCGGCCCGCUGGGUCUUGGGAAUUGCUGGUUCGCUUUGGCUCCCUCGCUUGUACAAACUCCUGGAUCUCACAUGCCUCUGUAACCCCCCCACUUCCACUCCAUGUCCCCAUGCUCCUGCGCCAGCAACAGGACCUGUUCUCUGGAUGUCAGCUGAGUUACUAAAGUGACUCUGCAUGUCAAGAGACAGACCUUGGUAGCCAGAACCUCAAGGCCCCUGGAGACCCCAUCCCUCCUUCUUUUUUUGUGUGUGUGGGUCCUCACUGAACAUUCAAACCUGUUUCUCCAAAGGGUUUUGCAAAAACUGAGACUGUUUCCCAAAGCAGAAGCGCUGGCGUCGGCAGCAGAAGCGAUGGGCAGCGUGCGCACGAACCGCUACAGCAUCGUGUCUUCGGAGGAGGACGGCAUGAAGCUGGCCACGCUGGCGGUGGCCAACGGCUUCGGGAACGGCAAGAGCAAAGUCCACACGCGGCAGCAGUGCAGAAGUCGCUUCGUGAAGAAGGACGGGCACUGCAACGUGCAGUUCGUCAACGUGGGCGAGAAGGGCCAGCGGUACCUGGCCGACAUCUUCACCACGUGCGUGGACAUCCGCUGGCGCUGGAUGCUGCUCAUCUUCUGCCUGGCUUUCGUGCUCUCCUGGCUCUUCUUUGGCUGUGUGUUUUGGCUGAUUGCACUGCUCCACGGGGACCUGGACGCGUCCAAGGAGAGCAAAGCCUGCGUGUCCGAGGUCAACAGCUUCACGGCCGCCUUCCUUUUCUCCAUCGAGACGCAGACCACCAUCGGCUACGGCUUCCGCUGUGUCACAGACGAGUGCCCCGUGGCCGUCUUCAUGGUGGUCUUCCAGUCCAUCGUGGGCUGCAUCAUCGACGCCUUCAUCAUCGGCGCGGUAAUGGCUAAGAUGGCCAAGCCCAAGAAGAGGAACGAGACGCUGGUCUUCAGCCACAAUGCCGUGAUCGCCAUGAGGGACGGCAAGCUCUGCCUCAUGUGGCGGGUGGGCAACCUCCGGAAGAGCCACUUGGUGGAAGCGCACGUGCGCGCACAGCUCCUCAAGUCCAGAAUCACCUCCGAGGGGGAGUACAUCCCCCUGGAUCAGAUAGACAUCAACGUGGGCUUCGACAGCGGCAUCGACCGCAUAUUUCUGGUGUCUCCCAUCACCAUCGUCCACGAGAUCGACGAGGACAGCCCUCUGUAUGAUCUGAGCAAGCAGGACAUCGACAACGCAGACUUUGAGAUCGUGGUCAUCCUCGAGGGGAUGGUGGAGGCCACGGCCAUGACCACGCAGUGCCGGAGCUCGUACCUGGCCAACGAGAUCCUCUGGGGUCACCGCUACGAGCCGGUCCUCUUUGAGGAGAAACACUACUACAAAGUGGACUAUUCCAGGUUCCACAAGACUUACGAGGUCCCCAACACGCCUCUAUGCAGUGCUAGGGACUUGGCGGAGAAGAAGUACAUCCUGUCGAACGCUAACUCAUUUUGCUACGAAAAUGAGGUCGCCCUCACAAGCAAAGAGGAAGACGACAGUGAGAACGGGGUUCCCGAGAGCACAAGCACAGACACGCCCCCGGACAUCGACCUGCACAACCAGGCCAGCGUACCUCUAGAGCCCAGGCCGCUGCGGCGGGAGUCGGAGAUAUGACUGAGUCCUCCUGGGGAGUGGUUCCUUUGAAACAUGGUCUGUUGGUCAAAGGCCCAAAACAGUUACGCAGACGACGGUACCAGGGCCAGGUGGUUUGAGGCAAGUGACCGCAGGGACAGGGGCGAGCACGGUGGUUUUAGAGAAAGACUGUAAGCCCGAAGAUGAACCUAAAGCACUAAACAGGCCUCCCCGUGACCCGAAGGCACAUAACACGUUGUAGAAUAAGUUAUGGGGUGUUUGUGUUUGUGUUUUGUGUUUUGAACCAAACUUGAACUUGCAGGCAAGCCUUGGUUGGUGGGGUGUUUGACUUCUCCAGAACGCUUCUCUCUAGGGAACAAGAAUGUUUUUAAAUGGCAUCACAUUUUUCAAUGUUUUAAAGGCAAGACUCUGCCUUAACUUUUGAAAAGCUGCUAACUACACCAACACACUUUGUAUUGUUGCAGUGUAGUUUUUUUUUUUUCCUCUUGUGUGUAAUUUAAAAAGUCAGUGUUGAACUUUGUUGAAAGCUCAUGAUGUGCGCUUCAAAGUGGCAAGUAUUUGGCUAUUAGCUGCCAAACGAGAGCCUGAUUUUUUGAGGCCAGUAAUUUGUUUGCUAGGAUUGAUUCUCUCUCUCUCUCCCUCUUGUGCGUUCUGUCUGUCUCUCUCUGGUUACAUAAGGGCAUUAUGUAACACUAGCCAAAUGGUAGCCUCCGGGUUGUUGUUAAUGUUUUAUUUUUUUUUUUCCCUCCAAGAUGUUAAUGGGUUAUCUCAAAUUUUAAGUUAGACUACCUAAAAUAAAUACCAAAGAUAAUGCACAUUUUUGCACAGUGGAGCUUACACUAAAAGGGAAAGAAAGCCCCAUGGCUGCCUUGAAAUCAAGAGACAAGAACUUUGAACCUCAGCGAGACCUUGAACUACCCUCUCAUUUUGCACCUUAUUCAGAAAAUAGAACAUCACACACACAGUUGACUAAAGUGUGGUGCUUUUAAUUUUUUGUUCUUUCAUGUAACUUUCAUGUCAUAGGAAGAAGACAGGGGGAAGUGAAAUUCACACACACACACACACACACACACACACAUACAAAAGAUAUAAGCAACUUUCCUUUCCUUCGAGGUGGUGCUGGCCAGGUGAAUGCAUACUUUGAGAGAUGAUGAUGACCCCUUAGAUUUUUUUUUUCUCCCCUGGAUUUUUCCAUGUUUUGCACAUUCCAAAAUUUAUCCCAGAAGAUAAGACCUAGGUUGACAUGAGUUGGCAUCCUCCACGCUGAGCCAUCCAACUCGAAAGAUCAGUAGGUUUAAACCUUAGGGCUGAAUUCCUCGCCCUGAUGGUGGGUGCAUCUCUGACUUGACUUCAUUUUCUAAAAGAUGCCAUGCCUGGCCUGUGGGCUGGUUCUUCUCAUUAGACUGUUUGGACCAAGUCCUCCAACAUCUGAGAGGGUUGUGAAUGCCCCAGUGAGAAGGUAGCAAGAUGUGGAAGAGCCAUUUUGAUGUAGCUCAUCAACUCAAGUCUUUAGGAGGAAGGGGAACAUUGCUUUUUUUUUUUUUUUUAAUGAUAGAGAGCAGGAAUGAAAAUGUCUCAGUAUUUUAGGGUCAACAAGGGCCAUAACAAUCCUAACAGCAUCACAAGUAAAGGAGAUAAUGAUCUAAAAGUGUCCUUCCCCCCCCACCCCCGGUGGAUCCACACUCGUCUUUGAAUCCGCGUGGAUCCCUUUUGUCUGUGGAGACCUGGAGCCUGUUACUUGGGGCACAUCGUUUCCCAGAAGCUUCUCCUGCCUGGCUGCCUGCCUCACUAGGAACAUUUUGUUUGGUUUGGUUUUCCGCUCUAGCUUGAUAUGACAGAACUCUGUUUUGGUUUAAGGUUCCUUAUUUGUGAAUUCUGGGGUCACUGAUUUUUUUUCUUUUUCAGUGGGAGUCUCAAAAUCAACUCUCUUUACGGUAUUACACCCCUGUAUGCCAUUAAAAAACAGCUUGUUCUAGAAUCCUGUGUUUCAUCAGCCCGUGUCUGGGAUGGUCUCUGGUUCCUGACCAGCCAUAUCUGCAUGGGGGGGUGCCUGCAGUCACAGGACAGUCUCUGCUCUUGUCCGCCUUUCGAGUCGGUGGGUUUGAACCCUGUGCAGUUAUUUGCAUGGAAAUCAGGUUGGAGCUAUCAGGCGAGGGGAUAAUAUUUGAAGUCCAGGCUUACAGGCCGAUGGGGAAGUUGUGUAGAGAGUUGAAGGACUUGGGGUGGACUGGACACAGCAUGCACAGUCUCCUGUACACGCGACCGUCCUGCCAUUGACAGGGAGAGGGUGCUGAGCGUUUCAGCUGCUGCUAUUCCGAUAUUUUUGCAAAGGACAAUAAUCAAACCAAAGAGUAUUCCGUGAUCUGUAAAUUACAUGAAGAUACAGUGGAGGAUGGGGGUGACCACGGCGAAGGCACCCUCUCGUCACACAGUGCUGCCACUUAAAAAGACUUGAGGUGUUUGCAACGGGGGUGGGUGGAGGGGGGCAAGAAUGAGGGAGGGAACUCUUGCAACUUCUUUCUGAAAAAGAGAAAAAAAAUUAAAAUUUCUGGUGCACAGGUUUGUUUUUUUUUUUUUUUCAAGAAAAUUUUGCAGAAGCUAUGUUUUUAAAGUGUACAUUUUAUAAAGUUUAUCAGAUAUUUUCAUAUUUAAAGCCAAAUGUAAAUAGAAGUCUGUAAGGGGAAGAAAAUUGCCAUAGAAAGUAUAAUUUCAGUGCAGCAAUUUCUGAGAGCUAGUACCUAUAUGCUACCGGUUAGCAUGGUUUUAGCAAAUAUCUACCAGCCUUAUAAGGUUUGUCUUGCUAUGUUCUCCUGUUAUUUAUUUCAGCAUGGACUGUUCAUUUGAAAACUUUUUCUAGUUAUUAGUAUUUUAACAGUUACAAGCUUUAAAUGGCAAUUUUUGUGGGUUUUUUUUUUUGGUUAAGAGCCAAGACACAGUAAUGCACAAUGGUUUGUUUUUUGGUUUUUUUUUUGUUUUUUGUUUUUUGGGUUUUUUUUUUUUUUUUGCUGCAUUUUACCUUUAAAACCUUGGUCUUUACUGCCUGGGUCUCCUUACUUAGUGCACACGUGUCGUGGGAACACAGACUGAAGAAACUCACAGAGUAUCUGGGGUCUGUUGCCAGAUUCAUGUUGCUUCUCUGUUGCAAGCAAACCCCCACUGAGUUUAUUUAGGAAUUAUCCCCUUUUGAAGAAUCUGUGCCCGUAACUGGAUGGGCUUUAUAUUUUUGGGAGGAGGUUUAGAUUCCUGGUUAUCCUAUUUUUAAAUAAAAGGUAGACAAAGUGAAUUCUAUUUUGAUUAUUGAGAAAGGAAUAUUAAUAGUUUUCUAUCCCUCUAAGAUUAUACUUGAAUCAGACAUUUUAAGGAUGUCACCAUAACUCUGAAGUCAUUUCCAAAUUCCUGAUGACAGUUUGUUCAGUUUGUUUUACUUUUUUAAAAAAUUCUAUCAGUGCAUUAUUCCUCCCUUCCCUUCCUUUCUUCCCUGUCAACUCCCAUCUCAAACCUUGAUGUUUAUUCAGUGCAUUUUGUCCCCUGAAUCUUGUUACCCUGGCAAAAAAAAAAAAACAAGUGUUGGUUCAUAUUUGAUGAUAAGCCACACAGUAAAAGCAAAAAGCUUGUUCUGAGAAGCAGAGUGGAUUUUUUUUUUCACUCUGUAUCUAGUAAAGUUAAGGUUUAAGAAAAAAAAAAAAGUGUUGCCUAGUCCCUUGCUCCCAACUAGAAUCCCUUUUCUAGUUAUGUUGGGUUUCAAGCUCUGGGCUGCGGUGAACUGAACAACCCCAGUCUUCGACAAUCCUGAGUUAUUAUCUUCCCGUUUCCUGUCUUUUUGUAUCUGAAGUCUUCCUAAUGUACUGCACAAACCAUGGAUUGUACAUAUUUUUAUAUAUUAUGUCUUAUUUUAUUAUUUCUAAAUAAAAAGUUAAAAAUUGAAAACAAAUCAGUGCAAGA